AUUGGUAUCUGUGUAUGCAUGGCUGGAUACCACCGGGAGCUACGUGGUGCACCAUGCCUUCCACUAAACUCUAACACAUCGAUCUCAAAGAUCUCAAAUUUUACAGAAGAAACCUCAACAACCCCUUCAUCAAGUGCCAUAAAAUUUUUUGUUGAUGGUCCGACCACUGUGGAGUUGCCCAUAGAUUCUGUUUCUGCGAAAGUAGUGCUUUUAGAUGAAGAUUCUUCUAAAGAGCAAAAUUAUACAUACCUAUGGGAACUCCUGCAGGGCUCGGGACUUGCUUUUGCUUCAUCAUACAAACGCUCUGUACUAGAACUAUCACAGUUGAAACCUGGAAAUAUGCAAUUUCGCGUCACUGUUGCUAACAAAACACACUCUGGUCAGCAGACGUACUCACUCAGUGUAGCUUCACCCAAAGCACCUAACAAACCUCCAAAAGCCAUCAUCCGUCCCGAAUCGCCUGUCCAUGGAGUAGAGGGCUCUAGAUUGACUCUAGAUGCGGAAGGCAGCAUCGAUGACGACAAGAUUGUCUCUUACAAAUGGACUCAAGACAAAGGACCUAGCAUACCACUCCCAGCUAUGAACACACCUAUUCUCACACUGGAUAACAUGGUGGCUGGCAAAUAUGUAUUCAGUAUCUUGCUGAUUGGAAGUCGGACUAUUGAGAACAUGCUUGAGAGUUCUAUGCAAUGCAUUAGACCAGAGAUGUUGGGCGGCGGCGACGGUUCGGGAAUUUUUUUGGAGGGAGUGGGGUGGGACAAAAAAAUUUCAAGUUAG